UUUGAGAGAGGGAGAGAGAGAGUGCGACUAGAGCCAGCGAGAGGGAGCUGGGGAACGUUGGAGCGGACUGGACAGAUGCUGGUACCCCUAUGGUCCAGGGCCAGGCGAGCAACAUGGAGGAGCAGCAUCAAGUCCAGCACAGCUUCUUCAAGAAGGUGGACGUCCCAGACCAUGUCCACUACAUCGUGGCCUUCUUCGUGUGUAUCAUUGGAACACUGGGGGUGACUGGGAACGCAUUGGUCAUGUUCGCUUUCUGGAGUAAUAAGAAACUGCGUAAUCUGCCCAACUACUUCAUCAUGAACCAGGCAGUGAGCGACUUCCUCAUGGCUUUCACACAGUCGCCCAUCUUCUUCAUUAACUGUCUCUAUAAAGAGUGGAUUUUUGGCGAGUACGGAUGCAAAAUGUAUGCCUUCUGUGGGGCUCUCUUUGGCAUCACCUCCAUGAUCAACCUGUUGGCUAUCUCCAUUGACCGCUACCUGGUCAUCACCCAGCCCCUCAAGGCCCUCGGUCGGUCGUCAAGGCGUCGGACCACCCUGGCAAUACUAAUGGUGUGGCUUUACUCUUUUGCCUGGAGUUUUGCCCCACUCAUUGGCUGGAGCUCCUAUAUCCCAGAGGGCCUCAUGACUUCCUGCACUUGGGAUUAUGUCACAUACACGUACGCCAACCAGAGCUACACCAUGAUGCUGUGUUGUUUUACCUUCUUCAUCCCACUGGGAGUCAUCUUCUACUGCUACCUCUUCAUGUUCCUGGCUAUCCGCACUGCCAGCAGGGAAGUGGAGAACUUGGGGACACAGGUGAGGAAAUGCACACUGAUCCAACAGAAGAGCAUCAGGAAUGAGUGGAAGCUGGCCAAAAUCGCCUUUGUGGUCAUUGUUGUGUAUGUGCUGUCCUGGUCGCCGUAUGCCACCGUCACCAUGAUCUCCUGGGCAGGACACGCUAACAUUCUAUCACCCUACUCCAAAGCCGUGCCUGCAGUUAUAGCAAAAGCCUCUACCAUCUACAACCCUUUUAUUUAUGCCAUUAUACACACAAAGUACAGGGCCACAUUGGCAGAGAAGGUACCUUGUUUGAGAUGUCUGUCACCGAGAAAGGACAAAAAGGACUUCAACAGUGAGUCAUCCUUCCGAGAUUCCACUAUCAGCAGGCAGUCGUCUGUCUCAAGGACCCAUUUCUGCGCCACAUCCUCCAUCUCCUCCAGUAUGGUGUUUGGGGAUGUGGUGCUGGAUCCUCCAGAGCGUAACGACUCCUCCUUCAGAAGCACCUCGUCCUUUAAAAUGCACAAAGACAAAUGUUGCAAGACCAAGAUUAUUUGUGCUGCAGAGAAGCCCAGCCACGCACUGAAGGAGUCUAUGAGCGCCAGUGAACACGAGGUAGUGUCUGGCUCCGUCUGCAUGGCAGCCGCCCCCCUGCUGCUCUUAUCGAAGAGGAGCCAGAGUGUCCAGCUAACCAACGGAGGAGAGACGACAGAGAGCGAAAGCGGCAGAGGGCGCAGGAGCACCUUGGACUCCCCUAGUUUACGAGAUCAGCUUUCUCACAUCUCCAGUAUCCCGCAAAUCAUCAUCAGCCCAACGUCGGAGAGCAGCUUAAUAUCAGAUGACAACUUGUCCUUAGUGAAGAAGCAGGGAGCCAUGAUGAGUCACGAGGAGGGAGAACUGCUGGUGGGCCUGCGGAGCUGUUCUUCAGAGCUACUGGAGUCAGUGGAAAGAUUCCUCUCCUGAGUUCACAUACAAACUCUAAACUCUUUGUCUGUGUCCCAAAUGGCAUCCUUUCUUUCCUUCUUCUUCUCUUUUCUAAUACUGAUCCAACCAAUCCAUUCCACCCAGCCUCUUUUUUUUAAACAGACUUUGAGAAGGAGACCAAGCUAAGCCCUAGGCAAGAUCUGUCUGUGCUUCAAUGAACAGAAGGGAGACAGAAACCCAGGAAGGGCUGGUUCUGGUGUGCUCUGGUCACAAGAAAGUGUUGCCGGGUAGAAAGGAAUAUUAAAAACCACCUGAUUCAUCCCCAGCCACCGUGAUUAACAUCCUACUUUCUGCUGUUUGUUUUCAUGGCACCCUUCAUUCAGAGGAUCUAUGAUGGUAUAGUGGUUCCAUAAUGUAUAUUGAAUAAGAAAGAAGGCCUUUAUAGUAGCAAAUAGAACUAACAUCCUCAUGCCAAUGGACCAAUGUUGGCGAUGAGUGUUAAUGAGCUACGGACAUUAAAGUCACAAUCUGGAGUCUGUUUUAAAAUAAUAAUACAUUGAAUUUAUAACACACAUUUCAUUUAAAAAACAAUCUCUAAAUAAAAACAAGAGACAUAGACACAAAAGGACACAUCUAGACAGGGCAACUGACACAAAGAACAAAGCUCACGCUAGAAAGGGCCAGGACAACAAGCAACGCAGCUAUAUCUAGGAGGGUGUUGAAGCCAUUGAAAGUGGAAGGCGUAGCUAAAUGUGACCACUCCCAAAAUUCAUGGGUUUAUGGUCUGACGGUCCAGGAGAUCGACAUGAUGGUUUUAAAUAUAUUUUGAAGAUAUACAUUGUUACAAACAAAUGCUCAAAUGGAACCAAACAAACAAUGAACAAUGGGGUAAUUUUACUUUAGAUUUGGGUUAAGAUAGGUGAAGUCAGCUGUAGUGAGCUCACAAAAAAAAUAAAUUAAGCAACUCGCAAAAGUUCUAUUCUUCCAUAAUCACCGGGCGGAGUUCAUUGAAUUGACUAUUGAACAUUAGGACAUGAAUCACAGAUUUGGCCUUUAAUGGACAUUCCAGAAUCUAGACAUUUGGAAAAGAAGGCACAAAACAAAAUAAUUCCGGUCAAACUUCUUCCCUGUAUCCGAUUGGCUAUAGGAUCUUAUGUGCCCAUUGCAUUGAGUUGGUUGAUCACAUCUUCUUUUAUCACACGGGCAGUGAUGUAAUCAUCGAUCCGGACUCCUGUUUAUUUAAAAUCAUUUUGCUACAUGUUCACUUGUUGCACAUUUUGUUGUCACUAUUGUCCAUUUUGUUCGUGCGGUUAUGUUUCUUGAUAAUAUCGUCGGAUCAUUUUUAUUUGUUUGCUUUGAGAUUUGUCUGCCCUACUGAUGUUGCUGGUCGUCCCCUUUCAAGGUUUUGUGAAGAGAAAAACAACAACACCAUAUUACUAUUAUUAGUAAAAGCUCUAAGUGAUAUCUGAAAAGAUAUAAAGAGGAAAAUGGCAAGCAUUGGGAAUAGCACUGAAUUUAGAAAUACACAAAAUAUUAUGGUUCUGUGCAGUUAUGGAAAUCUACCAAAUUUGACAAAAUGUGCUGUUAUCAUUGAUUAAGUGACUUGACUAGGUUCUGGACACCCAACCCUAAACAAAGCAUCAUCUUUUGAUGGCUCCUAGUCAACAAUGCUUUGGUUAUGUUUAUGAGUGUUGAUGGUGAUCGUGUUGGUUAAGUCGAUCCUCAUUGGCCAAUGACCUGAAUCUCAACCUAUUUAAUCCUUCCAGAUAACAGGCCUCAGACAGCUUGCUGUUCCCCACGCUUCAAUGCACCAUAUUGCCCUCCUCUCUAAACACACACACACACACACACACACACACACACACACACACACACACACACACACACACACACACACACACACACACACACACACACACACA